UGCAGAGGUCACGUCCCCACCCGGACACAUAUUUUUGCUUCUCAGGAAGUAGGGGAGGUUGUCUCCCUGCACUGGCCGGAAGUGCCUUUCUAAAGUUCUCUGGCUGUUCCAGCUCCCCGUGCGAAGCUUCCAGCAACAUGCUUCUGAUUCUGCCCCUUCACUUACCUGUAAAAAUACAUUGAUCACAACUGCCUGGCAUCUUCCUGAACAAGACAUUUAAUAGGGCCAGUAUGCUUCACGUCAUCCAGAAGCUUUCUCAAGCAUCUCCAAAGAUACUAAAGUACCCUUUCAUAAUGGGAAUAGGAGCCAGCAGAACAGAUAAACUUGCUCUCAAGUCAUCUCUCCAGCAGAACUUUUCCUCUUUGAUUCAGAGGCCUUGGUUUGUCUCAUCAUUUCCAAUGUGUGUUAGCAAGACACAAGGCUAUCAUACAUCCCCUUGCAGCUUUAAGAAGAAGGAGAAGCAAGCAGUACUUCCACCCAGGCCACCAAGCACCAUCUCUUACCUGACUGACAGCCCUAAACCAGCAUUGUACAUAACUCUAGCAGGACUGGUCCCCUUUGUUGCUCCACCACUGGUCAUGGUGAUGACAAAGACUUAUAUCCCCAUGUUAGCUUUUACACAGAUGGCUUAUGGUGCCAGUUUCCUAUCUUUCUUGGGAGGCAUCAGGUGGGGUUUUGCUCUGCCAGAAGAUAGUCCAGCCAAACCAGACUUCCUUAAUUUAGCUAAUAGUAUGGCCCCUGUUAUGUUUUCAUGGUUUGCCCUCCUUACUUUUGAAAGACUCAGUGCAGCCAUAGUCACUGUAAUAAUAGGUUUGGGGAUAGCAUUACACAUUGAACUCUUUCUCUUGCCACAUUAUCCCAACUGGUUCAAAGCCCUGAGGUUACUGGUUACUCUUGUAGCCUUUUUUUCAUUUGCAAUCACUUUAUUAGUUGAAAAUAUUUAUCCAGAGAAAGAACCCAAGAGACCUGGUCAAACAGAAUAAAUAUAAGACUACUUUGUUAAUAACAUUAGCAUGUUUGUUACGACCUUAUAAAGUUGCAUUUUGGCAUCACUUUUUUCUUCUGUUUGGCUGUUUCCCCUCACCCCAUCAAUGGUAGUUUAUUCUUCAUAGAUUGUUUUUUAUUUCAAGAAAACAUUAUUUUAUAGUAGUUGCCUGAUCAAGAACGUGAAAAUCUCUGACAAAACUUUUAAAUAUCAUGGUUUAUGUUUAGUCUUUUGAUGAAUUAUAUAGUCAACCAUUUAAACAUUUCAGUGUUUUAAUUAUCUUGGGAAAUAUAAAGUAAGAUGCAAAAAGUUCCCUUUGUUAGAGCCUUAUGAUCAUUAAAAGAAACAUACAUUGUCCUACAAGAGGGAGUCUUUGUAUUCAUGAGUGUUUUAAAAUAAAAGGUGGUUCCAGUGUGGAGCUUUCAUGGUAGAUGUCUCUUAGAAUAGCAUAUCCAAGCCUAUUUUACCUGCUGUAAUCGUUUUAUGAACUGAAAGGAUCUGUGACACUAGUGGAUAGGGAGCAGUGUUAUGAGGGAAAGCAUGUUCAAAGAAACACUGGACAUGUUUUCUAGUUUCCAUUAGGAUGUUUGGCAUGGUAUAGAGGCAACCUAUCAAUCACCAGAUAUGUAUACUGAAUGAAGUCACUAGUACAUAUCAAUUACAAAGAUGUCAAGCUGGAGCCAUCUUUUUAUUCUUUUUUUUUUGAUGAUUUAUUUGAGAGGCAGAGAGAGGACAGAGAAGUCUUCCAUCUGUUGGUUCACUCCUGAAAGGCCACAGUGGCUGAAGCUGGGCCGAUCAGGAGCCAGCAGGUUUUUCCAGGUCUCCCACACCAGUGAAGGGAGUAAAAGAUGGCUCUAGUGCUUGGGCCUCUGCCACCGACAUGGGAUACCCAGAUGAAGUUCUGGGCUCAUGUCUUCAGCCUGGCCUAACCCUGGCUAUUGCAGCCAUUUGGGGAAUGAAUCAGGUGAUGAAAGAUCUUUCUGUCCCUCUCUCUAUAACUAACAUAUAAAAAAUCUUAAAAAACAGCAAACAUGGAUUGGGCAUUUGCCAUAUUGGAGUGUCUGGGUUAAUAACGGGGGUCUGCUCCUGACUCCAGCUUUCUAUUGAAAUAUCCUGAGGGCAUCUGGGGAGUGGUAAUAAAAAGAAAAGGCAACACUUUGAAUUUUAAC